AUGGAGUCCCGGAAGCGGCAGCGGCCAGCCGACGACUUGGGAGAUGGCUGCCCGACGAGAUCACGGGCCGGCGAGGCCGACCGGGAGGUGACGGACGACGAAGUGGAGGAAUUCUUUGCGAUCAUCCGUCGGAUGAACGACUUGUCCGGGGGCUUUGCUGCCGCCCGCGUUGGUGGCGGGACUGGCCUGCUUAGGGCGGCGACGUCGGAUGGACAGAGGGUUGCGGUGCAGUGGAGCCCAGCGUUCGCGUGGGAGGACUUCGCGGGGACCAACGCCGGCAAGGACGAUUGCCGGAAGGGCCGUUCGACUGCGGUGGCGGCGGAGGCGGAGGAGAGGGUGGCGGAGAACGCGACGCCGCGGUUCCUCGAUCUCAACGCUGAGCCUGAGCCGGAGGGCCUCGUGGUCGCGUGCCCACCCGGUGACUCUACCGCCUCACGCCGCGCCCCUGCGCCUGCGUGA